AUGGAAGUUGGUGGCACGCAGAAGUCCUGUCCCAAAGCGUGGGGAGGCUUCAUCAAGCACAGCGCCUUGCGUCGGCAAUGGCAUAGUGCCUUGAGCGGCCUCCGCGGAAUGCAUCUGCAGGGCUUGGAACCCAACGCUGUCGCCUGGAACCUGGUGGCCGCAGCCUCCGGCCGAUGCCAGAAAUGGCAGACCACUCUCAGGUUGUUAAGGAGUGCAGACGCGGCAGAUGAGAUCACGUACAACACGGCCGCCAAGACAUCUUGUCAAGUCGCCCUGUGGGAAACUGGAUGCCGAUGUAUCAACAUCGCGUCAGAUAGACGUCUAAAGCCGGACACGGUCUCCCACAACAUCCUGCUCAAUGGCAGCGGCAAGGCUGGCAGCUGGAGGAUAUGCUUGCAUGAAUUCGCAACCCGAGAAAUUGACCGUGAUGCAACUGCAAGCACGUCGGCUUUAAGCGCUUUGCGCUCUGAGCUGCUGUGGCAAGCAGGCGUGCAACUUCUUUCAGAAUUCUUCCGUCAAGCCCUGCAAGCCGACACUGCACUUCUUGGGACUGGAAUUGGUGCUGGUGCUGCGGGUGACAGAUGGCACUCCUCGCUGAAUUUAUUUUCUCGACUUCAAUCGCUCAGCCUGCGUAUGGACAGCGUUUGCUUGGGAGCGUGUGCAAAUGGCUUUGUGCAGCAUGCGAACUGGCGCCAGGCAGUUCAUCUUGGAGUCCUGUUGACACGAGAGGAUCUCCACCUUAGCCAUGUCUUCUGCAAUUCCAUCCUCGGCGCGUUCCAAAAAUGCGGUCGCUGGGAGUCUGUGGGCGCCACUCUGCGAGCUCUAUGCCGCGUCGCCUGCUCGCCGGACCUCAUUGCAAUGAACACCGCAGUUGCCGCAUGUGACAAGGGCUCGAGCUGGCAGCGUGCGACCUUGCUGCUUGGUGAGACUGCGGCUUUAGAUCUUCAGCCCGAUGCCAUUCUCAAGAGUGCCGUUCUCACUGCUCGCCGGGAUGCGGCAGAUUGGCAGAUGCAACUGCAGCACUUUUGGACGGCUUUCUGCGGUUGCCACACGCCGUCUUUGGCCUUAUGCAAUGCGGUUCUGGAUGUUCUUACCACGUGGCAGCCGGCUCUGCACGUGCUGGGGCGGCUUGGGUUGUGGCGUCUCCGUCCAAGUCAUGUGACUUGUGGAGCGUCUGUGCAGAGCCACUCCACGUCAGGUCGCUGGCGUGAAAGCCAAAUGCUGCUGAACUCCUUCCUGAGCGAUCGGAGCUGGGGCUCGACAGGUAACUUGAAGUCCAGCCAGGCAUGGUGUUCCGUUGUUCAAGUCCCGGGCAUUCCAUGGCAGGCAGCCCUGGAUAUCCUCUGCAAAGUGCGCGAAGACAGACUUCAAGAGGACGCCACUCUCCUUGCCACGGUGACCGGAGCCAACGCAAAGCGUGCCUCCUGUCCGAAUACCCCGAUCCCCAAGACGGGCAAGUACGUGAAGCCGCACCUGAAAGAGGUUUACAAGUUCUUCCGCGAUGAGUGGGUCAACUGCAAUGUCUUCCGGUCUCCUGGGCCGAUGCAGUUGGAUUCCUCUGGGGAUGUGGGUCCACUAUCUGAGAGACCCAUCACACUACUCGCGGACUACUUCAGUGUGGAUGAGCUGAAGCAGAUUGUUCAGCCGAGAGCCCAGCCUGCCCCGCUGGUCAUGUGCAAAGAGCCGUUGGUCGUUCGGGAUGUUCGCCUCCGGGAAAACUUGAGUCUAUUGGAGCAGGAGAGGCUGAACUACGAGCCAGCUUUACCAGGCUACUUGCGUGACCGGGUCACAUGGCAGGAGGAUGAGCUAGCACCGCACUCCUGCGACAACAUUGAGGAGCUGGUCCAAUCUUUUCCCCUCAUCCAUUCCCAUGUGUGCGCUAUCCGGCUGGUCCCGCCCAUUGCAGCAGAGGGAGAUGAGGUUGAAACAUUGAUGUCAGAGCGAUCACCAACUUCGACAAUGAGGCAGACCGCAGCGGCAUCGGACUGCGGGAAGCCCAUGACUGUCGGCAUCGUCUUCGCAAGCAGUCAGGUGCCCGGCUAUCAUCCAGUGAUUGCAGGGCUCUUCGAUUAUCUGGAUGGCCUUCCUGGACCAGCCAAGCUCAUCGGCUUCUUUUGCGGGUACGAGGGCCUCCUGAAGGACCUCUGGGCACCGAUCACGAAGGACAUGGUGGACCAAUUCCGGAACUUGGGGGGCACAGGUAGUGCAUGGGAGGUAGUAGUGGGUAGCUGGGCAGCCGAGCAUGCCCUGAGCAUGCCCAUGGCCCAUGCUUCCGUGUUCGACCUGGCCUGA